AUGAAGUACCUCUUGCUGGGUCCAGAGUCAGACAGAGCUGAGCACAUAUUUCAGUUCCAGCCCUUACUACCUUCUGCGGAUAUCGACAACCACCACGCCCUCAUUGAAUACAACGAGUCCGAGAGCAGUUUUAUCCUCCAGGACUUCAAUUCCCGCAACGGCACUUUCGUCAAUGACUGCCACAUCCAGAAUGUGGCUGUGAAGCUGUUACCCGGGGACAUCCUGAGGUUUGGGUCUACAGGGCUGACCUACGAAUUGGUCAUCGAAAACCCACCCUUGGUCUCCUACCCGUGGGUGAGGAGCCCAGCACCCUGGCCAAGGCCACAGCCACCUUGGACCACACAGCAGCCGAAUCAGUCACCCUCGCCACCUCCGUUUCCCUUCCAGCAGGGCAUCCGACCAGUGCCAGUGCAGAGGAGCUGGUCCCAGGGAUUCCCCAGGCCCACCAGGGUCCAGCCCAGCUCUCACAAGCGGCCUGUGAGUGCCAGCGGGAAGAUGUUCUCAUUUGUGGUGGAUAAGACCCACAAGUCUCCCAUCAUCAAGCAAGUGUGGACCAAUGCUGUGGAUCUGCCUGGACAAGGAGUGGCCGAUGGACUUCCGAGGACAAGUCCUCCCAGGGAGAUUUUUGCGGAUCAGGACCUGGCCCUGCAGGAUAAGGAUGAAAUAAUUCUGCUGCUGGGAAAAGAAGUCAGCCGUCUCUCGGAUUUUGAAAUCGAAUCCAAAUACAAAGACACAGUGAUCGCCAACCUGCAGAACGAAGUGGUUGAAAUGACUCAGAAGCUGUCAGCAGCAGCUACCCCCAGGCCAAAUGAACGGGUGGUGUCACAGAAGCCUCAGCUUCCAGAUGAGGGCAUCAACGCCAAUCAGAGAGAGAUCCAGAGCCUGAAAGGCCAGAUCAGUGCCCUACAGAAAGGCUACAGCCAGGUGCUAUGCCAGACCCUGUCCGAGCGGAACUCAGAAAUCACCUCCCUGAAGAACGAGGGCGAGAACUUAAGGAGGGACAAUGCCAUCACCUCAGGGCUGGUAUCAUCUUUGCAAAAGGACAUGUUAGCAAGGAAUGAGCAAGUCCAACAACUCAAACAGGAGGUGAAUCAACUAAAAAGUCAGAACAAAGAAAAGGAUCACCAGCUCGAAGCCUUGAACUCCAGGUGCUCAGCGCUGAGAGAAGACUUAAAAAAGGAAGACACUCAUAAGGAACACAGGGAAGCCCAAGAGAAAGAACUAAAACUCUGCAAAACUCAAAUCCAAGACAUGGAGCAAGAAAUGAAGAAACUCAAGGAAGAGUUGAGGAAGAGUUGCACUGAACAUAACAUGGUCUCCAAGACGAUGAGAGAAAAGAACAAGGUUGAAGAGAAGCUUCAGGAGGAUUCCAGAAGGAAAUUGCUUCAUCUGCAAGAAAUGGGGAACAGAGAGAACCUCAUUAAAGUCAAUUUGGAAAGGGCAGUAGGUCAGCUUGAACACUUCAGAAGUCAAGUUAUCAAGGCCACGUACGGCCGAGCAAAGCCAUCUCAGGACAAGCUCAUCACUGAUCAACAGUUAAUUGAGAAAAUUACCCAGAUCACGGAGGACAGCAUCACCUUUCAGCAGAAGAAAUGGAUCCUGCAGAAAGAAAACCAGCUCAGCUGCACGAGACAGGAGGAAAUCACAGAGAACAUUGAGAAGCUGAAGACUUCUCUGGACAGCUGCCAGGCUUGCAUGAAAAAGCCUUGCUGCAGCCAUGACCUGAAGAAGGAGCUAGAACUGCUUCAGUAUCUUCAGGUGAGCCCACCUGUCUCCGGACUCCAGAAGGUGGCGCUAGACAUCCUGAACCUUUCACUCUCCUGGCUGGAGGAAACGGAGCGGCUCCUCGGGAACGUGGGAAUCGAGUUAUCCAGCUCUGACAAAGAUCAAGAUGGACAGCGUCCAGGAAACACAGCAGUCUUUGCUGCAGGAGAAGUUGCAAGAGCAUCUGGCAGAAAAGGAGAAGCUGCUCAAAGAAAGACUGGAGCAGGAGGAGAAGCUGAAAGCCAGCAUCACACAGCUAGAGGAAGACAAGGCGGUAAGAUGCUGGAGGGAAGCAUUGCUCAAGAGAAAACCAGAGUGAAAGAAGUGUUAGAGGAAGAACAGAAGAGAUUCCAAGAGCUGGAGAAUCACUUCACCCGCCAGAAGGAGGUUUUGGAGAGCCACAUGGCCCAUGAGAAAAGAAAGGCAAAGGAAGUUCUGGAGACAGAAAGGAGAAAAACUCAAGAUCUGGAGAAUCACUUAACCCAACAGAAAGAGAUUGCUGAGAGCAGCAUUGCCUACGAGAAAGACAAAGCGAAGGAGGCCAUAGAGAAGGAAAAGAAAAAGGUGCGAGAUCUGGAGACCCACUUAAACAAGCAGAAAGAGGAAAUAGAAUUAAAGGUACAAAAAGAGGACAUUUUAAAUAAUAAGUUAAAUGAUGCACUGGCCAUGGUAGAAGAGACUCAGAAGUCUAAGGUGGCUGAAAGUCUAAAAGUAGAGAGCCUCACAAUCAAAGUAAACGAGACGUUAGCAGAACUGGAAACUACCAAGACAAAGAUGAUCCUGCUGGAGGAGCGAAUAUUGCUGCAGCAGCAGACGGUGAAGGCCCUCCAGGACGAGCGGGAGUCACAGAAACACGGCUUUGAGAAGGAAAUUGCGGAAUACAAGGAGCAAAUCAAACAACACUCCCAGACGAUUGUGAGUCUCGAGGAAAGACUCCAAAAAGUGACACAACAUCAUAAAAAAAUAGAAGGCGAGAUAGCAGCAUUGAAGGACAAUGACCCAGCUCAAAAGGAGGAGAUGCAGCCAGACCUUCGUGGGGCACCUCCAUUAGAGAGCAAUCCCAAAGAGGACGUGUGCGAACACUUGAUAGAAGAUUUACUGACAGCUCAGAAGGAAAUCCUGUCCCAGCAGGAGGUCAUUGUGAGGUUGAGGAAAGACCUCACCGAAGCCCAUGGCCGAAUGUCAGAUUUGAGAGGGGAGCUCAGCGAGAAGCAGAAGAUGGAACUGGAGCGGAAUGUGCUCCUAGUACAGCGGCAGAGCAGUGAGCUGAGUGUGCUCAAGGAGAAGAUGGCCCAGGUGACUGGCCUGAUGGAAAAGAAGGACAGGGAGCUGGAGACCCUCAGGGAGGCGCUAAGGGUUUCCCAAGAGAAGUACAAACUCCAGCUAAGCCUGGAAACUAACCAGAAGCCCAGGAAUCCGGCUCAGAUGUGCGACAUCUCAGUGCAGAUGGAACCGAUCCACACAGAUAUGUUCUUGAACAACCAAUCGAAAGGACAACGUGACCUGGGAACGGAUCAUAAUGACCAACUGGAUGAAUCAUUUCUAGAAUUAAAGACUCCGAGAAUGGAAAAAAUAUUAGUGGACCCAAGACCUGAUUUUCCAGCUCUUUCAAGGAUAGAGAGCCGAGUGCCUCAAAACAGCCUUUCCAACUCUGGGCCCAUUCUGGCGAUUGAGAAGUCGGGGAAAACGGAUGCGGCGGAGGCUUUGGAACUCAGUGAAAAGCUGUACAUGGACAUGAGUAAAACGCUUGGGAGCCUCAUGAACAUCAAGGAGAUGUCGGGUCAGGUGUCCAUGAAAUACCUGUCCCCAAAAGAAAGGGAGAGAGUCAAUCAGCUACGCCAAAGAGACCUUGACAUAGUGUUUGAUAAGAUCACCCAACUCAAGAACCGACUGGAGAGGAAAGAGGACCUUCUGAGAGGUUACGAGAGUGACAUAGAACAGCUCAGGCAGAGCAAAGUGUCCAUUCAGAUGUACCAGUCACAGGUGGCCAAGCUGGAGGAUGAAAUCUACAAAGAGGCAGAAGAAAAGGCCUUGCUGAAGGAGGCCCUGGAGCGCACAGAGCACCAGCUGUGCCAGGAGAAGAGGCUCAAUAGGGCCAUCAGACAGCAGAAGAGACGAAUAUUUGUAGAGAUGGUGAAGAACAAGAUGCAGAACUCAAACUUCCAGGUUGGAGCCAGAAAAACUACCCCAAAGACGGACCAGGAAAGGGAGAUACUGAAGAAAGACUCACCGAGCAAAUGCAGCCAGAACCUCUUGUUAUCUAAACCUGGUGGACGGAACUAG